AUGUGGAGUAAACACAGAUUAAUACUUAUCAUACUUGGCGUACUUUUCCACUUAUUCUACUUAUGGUCGAUUUUUGAUAUUUAUUUUGUUUCUCCGCUAGUUCAUGGCAUGAAACAUUAUCCAAGUGCCCCAAAUGCACCAGCAAAACGUCUAUUUUUAAUUGUAGGUGAUGGUUUACGUGCAGAUACCACUUUUGAAAAAAUUAACUACCCAAAUAUGAGAGAUUCCCAAUAUUUAGCGCCAUUUAUUAGAUCAAUUGCGUUAAACAAUGGCACUUGGGGUAUUUCUCAUACAAGAAUGCCAACGGAAUCUAGGCCAGGGCAUGUUGCUAUGAUUGCUGGUUUUUAUGAAGAUGUUAGCGCAGUCACCAAAGGUUGGAAGGAAAAUCCAGUCGAUUUUGACAGUGUUUUCAACCAAUCAACUCACACAUAUUCGUUUGGGUCCCCAGAUAUUCUACCGAUGUUCAAAGAAGGUGCAAGUGGUCCAAAUAAAGUUGAUGCAUGGAUGUAUGGACAUGAGUUUGAGGAUUUCACCCAAUCCUCAAUUGAAUUAGAUGCUUAUGUUUUCAGAAAUUUAUACCAAUUAUUUGACAAUUCCACCAAAAAUGCAAGUUUGAACAAAGAAAUCCACCAAAAUGGUAACGUUUUCUUUUUGCAUUUAUUAGGUUGUGAUACCGCAGGUCAUACAGCUAGACCUUAUUCUAAGGAAUAUUAUGACAAUGUUAAAUAUAUUGAUACACAAAUUUCACAAUUAGUUUCAAGAGUACGCGAUUUUUUCAAGGACGACGAUACUGCCUUUGUUUUUACCGCUGAUCAUGGCAUGAGUGCUUUUGGUUCACAUGGUGAUGGGCACCCAAACAAUACAAGGACACCUUUGGUGGCUUGGGGGUCCGGUGUAAGUGGGCCGGUUGUUAAUAAACAUCCAGAACUGGCUUUAUCAGAUAGUUAUACGGGCAGCUGGGAAUUACAUAGUGUGGAAAGGCAUGAUGUCAAUCAGGCAGAUAUCACUGCUUUAAUGUCUUAUUUAAUUGGCACAAACUUUCCAAGCAAUUCUGUUGGUGAGUUACCUUUGCCUUAUCUAGACGCUAGCGAUGAUAUCAAGUUGCAUUCUCUGUAUAACAAUGCACGUGAAAUUUUAGAGCAAUACAUUGUAAAAGAAAAAGAGGUUAUUGGAUCCCAAUUUGUUUAUAAGGAGUAUUAUAAAUUUGCCAAAAAACAUUAUACUGAGUAUUUGAAAGAAAUCGAAGCACUUAUUGCCAAUGCUGAAGACAGCCUUGAAACCAUUAAAUUGACUGAAGAACUUAUGAAAGUUACACUAGAAGGUUUGAACUAUUUGACCACAUACAAUUGGAGGUUCAUUAGAACGAUAGUUACUUUGGGUUUUAUUGGUUGGAUUGUUUAUUCUUUCAUCAUUUUUUUAAGAUUAUUCAUUUUAUCUAAGAGAUACGAAGAUGGUAUAUCUAAAUCGACUUUUACAAUUUUCACAGUAUUGUCGAUGCUAUUAAAUUAUAUUUUGUACUACCAAAGAUCGCCCUUCAACUUCUACAUGUAUUUGUUGUUUCCAAUUAUUUUUUGGAGUAGGAUUUUUUCUGAAAGAAAAAUUUUAAUCGAUGGCGUAAAAGAAUUUUUGAAAGGGUUAUCUGUUUUUAAAAAAACCAUAAUAUUGUUGUCCAUUUUAGGUUUUUAUGAAGGCAUUGUUUAUGGAUUCAGUCAACGCUGGGUUUUCACGUUGAUUUUUAUUAUUCUGGCCUUUUAUCCAAUCACGUGUGGUAUAUAUAACACUAAAACCAAUUUGUUAUGGAUUUAUACAAGUGUAUGCUUAUCUAUUUUUACGUUGCUUGACGCCGUCAAAAUUGAAAAUUUAAAUCAAAUCCUAGUAUCUGGUAUGUUGAUUUUGGUUAGUGCAAGUUACGGAUUAUAUUCGGUUCGUAACUUGGUUAACGAUUACACUUUUUGUGUAAUUGGGAUGCAAAUUUCUUUGGUGGUUGUCAUGCUACUUAUCACAAAUGAAAUUGUUAUUUCAUUACAAUUAAAAGAAGGUUUGCCCUUUGAUAAACAAAUCGCUGCAUGGGGUACUUUCAUUAUUUCUCUAAUUUUUUUCCCAUUUUUGCAUUAUAUUAAACCCUGUAACAACUACAAAGUUAGAAUGUUAAUUAUUUAUGUAACAUUUGCACCAGCUUUUAUUAUUUUGACUAUUUCGUUUGAAACAUUUUUCUACUUUUUUUUCUCAAUGUAUUUGUUUCAAUGGAUUGAGAUUGAAACUAAGAUUAUGCAACUCACUUCUAAAAGUAAUGCUUCGCAUGUCAAUUAUUUACAGUUGUUGAGAGUCAGUGUUAUUGGAUUUUUCCUAUUGCAAAUAGCAUUUUUUGGCACUGGAAAUGUAGCAUCAAUAUCAUCAUUUUCCUUGGAUUCCGUUUUCCGAUUAAUGCCAAUUUUUAAUCCAUUUUCCAUGGGGGCUUUACUAAUGCUGAAGCUAUUGGUUCCAUAUAUUUUAUUAUCUGCUGCGUUGGGCAUAUUAAACUUGAAAUUACAUAUUAGAGAUUACACCAUUUCUUCUUUGAUUAUAUCUACUAGUGAUAUACUAUCAUUAAACUUCUUUUAUCUUUUGAAAACAGAAGGUAGUUGGUUGGAUAUUGGGGUUACUAUAUCUAAUUAUUGUUUAGCUAUUUUAUCAUCGCUAUUUAUGAUUAUAGUCGAAAUUAUUAGUCAUUAUUUACUUAAGCAUGUAGAAAUUCCAAAGGAUGAAGCUAUAUCAAACGUAAUUGAAAAAACUGUUUCUGGCGAUAAUAAGAAAAAGAAAAAGAAAAACAAUUCAAAGAAAACAACCAAAGGGGAUUAA